GUUAGCGAAAGCGUUAGAGUCUCACAGUGUUCAGCUAAUUUGUUUAAAUAAUGUAAAUAUAUAUAUAUAUAUACUGUAUAUACAUCAUUUAUAUUAAUUCAUAUAAUUCAGUUUUAUUGUAUGAUUUUACACAGAAAUAUUUUUUUAUUCACUCUUUUGUGCCUUUAGUGGUUGUCGCCCUCUGGGGUAAUGUUCCUGAAAUCGGUGAAUUGAGCAGAUUUCUCCGUUAUGGAUCCUCUGAGGGGUCUGAACUCCGUGCAGCUUCAGGAUCCUCUUUCCAAACCUCUGGAUCUCACCAAGCAGAUCUCAGAGGCUCUGGAUCUGGUGAAGAAGAAGCCGAGUCGGAGCGGCCGGUUCUUGGGGAGCCGCGGUCUCCGUUCUCCUCGAUCGGAGUUCAGUUAUGAGUCCGCGUCUGUGCCUCUAAACUCCACUCUACGAAACGGACUCGCCCACGACCCUGUGACAACGUUUAUGAGCGCUACGGAGAACAUCCAGACUGAUGGAGUGACUGGAAAAGUAACUAAGUGCCGCAGGGCGGGAGAGAAAAGAGAAAGGAACGCCGCAGGGUUUCAGGACGCUCCUUCAUCACAUUCCAGUUUCCAGAUCCCGUUUCCUAAUGUCGAAACCCUAUCAUCAGAGUGUUCCAGACACGGACGAGUGGAAUGCAUUUCCAGUGACGACAGCGUGAUCGAGGUUCCUGUGAGCAACGGUGCCUUGCUGAUGCACAGAGUUACGGAAAACCUGAAACAAGAAAAAGAAAGGAUGGAAGAUUCUUCUCCCAUCAUGACAGAGUCGGACGUGCUUCAGGACAGCGACUCGCUUGAAUCCAGAAAUGUACUGUCUACCUCAGAAGCAGAAAAUGCAGACUUUAAACCGACACAGAACGGAUCGGGAUCGUCGUCACCAUCGUCAUCGCUGAGCCAGAAGAGGGCGCCAGAGACUAAGAAAAAUAGAAACCAACAGAGGGCUUCAGCAGGCAAGAAAGCAACAGCGAGUGUGGCGAAGAGGAGGAAGAAGAAGAAGCGCUCGGGAAUAUCCUCGUCACCGUCUGCGUUUCCAUCCCACGGACCCGAGAUCAAGCUGAAGUUUGCGAGCUGUAAGGAGGAGAAGCGAGAAGGCAGAGGGAGCGCUUUCGCACCGUACGUCCGCGUGGAGUUCUCCGCCUGCACUGUCGUCAACUUCGAGGAAGAAGGCAACGUCCAGGUGAAGACGCAGCGGCAGGUGGCGGCGUCCCCCGGGGUCGUUCCCACCACCUCGUGUUUACAGCUGGGACGCCUCGGGUCCGAGAGCAGGCGUCAGACUGGCGAACUCUGCUGCCUGUGUGGCUGCACAGCCAACAUCGCAGGAUUAGGAGACCUUCACGGACCAUACCAUCCCAAAGAGGCGUCCACGGAUCUCCUGACAAACGGACACGAGGACAGCGGUGCAAAGAGGACGCGGCUGUCGGACGAGCGCUGGGUUCAUGAGGACUGCAGUAUCUGGUCAGCGGGAGUUUUCCUGGUUAAAGGAAGGCUGUACGGUCUGGACGAGGCGGUCAGGCUCGCACAGGAAACCGUGUGCUCGUGUUGCCUCACACGUGGUGCCACGCUGGGAUGCUUCUUCAAAGGCUGCCCCAAUAAAUACCACUUCCCCUGCGCGCUCCAGGCUGGAUGUGUGUUCAACGAGGAAAACUUUACUCUGAGAUGUCCAAAGCACAAGAAUAAACCCGGACUGGCCGUGAGCAGACUGCAGAACAGGUGACCCCGUAAAGGUGAACUCCAGCGUGAUGAUCGUGAUUGAGAGAGAGAGAGAAUUACAUCAGGGUUAUUUUUUUUCUCUACAUAAAAUGUAGAAGUGUUUACAUUUUCCUCACACGCAGAGGAACAUCUCUGAAACCGAACUGCCUUCAACUUCUCCUUCAUCUUCUCCUCCACCUCCAUCUUCUCCUUCUUUCAUUUCUCCUUUAUCUUCUCCUACACCUUCUCCUUCUCAUUCAUCUUCUGUUCCACCUCCACCUUCUCCUUCACCUCCACCUUCAUUUUUCUCCUUCAUCUUUUACUUCUCCUUCCCACUCAUCACCUGCACCUUCUCUCCCACCUUUAUCUUCUCCUCCACCUUUACUUAAUUCUUCAUCUUCUCUUUCAUUUUCUCCUCUGCCUUCUCCUUCUCCUCCACCUU